UCUCCGCCUGGAAAGAUGGCUGCUCCGGCGGUGGUGAGGAGCUCCGGCCCGGCGCUGUGCCCGAGCUUCGCGGAGGUCUGCUCGUUCCUGGAGCGGUACGGAGCGACGCUGGAUCUGCCCGAGAUGACUUUCUCGCAGAUGGAGCGGUAUCUGCGGGACACGACGGCAGUCCCUAAACCGCUCGUGGAGCUUCACGUGAAGCUGCUCAGAAAACUUGGGAGGUCUGUAACGACAGACCGCUGGGAGAGGUACCUGGCUAAGGUUUGCCAGGAGCUGAACAGUACUUGGGCGUGGGAGCUGGAACAGAAGGGCUACCAGGACCUGUCCAUGGAGUGCAAGUCGAGCAUCCUAAAAUUUCUGUGCGAGUGUCAGUUUGAUGACAACCUGAAGUUCAAGAUGGCGAUUAAUGAGGAGGAACCAGAGAAGAUGCGUCUGCAGCCGAUAGGUCGGGACCAACAGGGCCUGAUGUACUGGCUUCAGUUUGACCACGAGCAGAACAUCCGGCUGUACACGGAGGAGCAGGACGACCUGGACGGAUCCACCUGGCAAUGCAUAGUCAGGAAUCGUAACGAUCUGGCUGAAGCUCUGGACCUGUUGAAGUCUCAGAUCAGUCCAGGCCUGAAUCCUGAACCAGACCAGAGCCAGGCUGGAUCCAGGAGCAACAGCCCCACAGAGAAAGGUGCAGGGGAUGAGGUAAUAGGAAGCACUGACCCCAAACCCUCCAAGACCACAGAGGAACCCGCUGAGAGAGAGACGCUUGACCCCACAAAGGAAGAGAAACCCCUCAGACCAGAGCUAAAGGAGGAGCAGAUGCAGUCAACAGAGGGGGAGAACACAGACGCUGAGGUAAAAGAAAAGAGGACGGACCACAAACCCCCUGUGUUCGAUAAUCGGGUCAGCACCAUCACCACCAUUGUCAAAUCUGAAUCCAGGGAAACCGACGCCCCCAAAAACGCUGUGUCGGUUGUAAUGGCACCAGGCACGACUGUGAUAAAACAGGAAGUUAACAAGGAAGAGGAGGCAGGGCGGGCCGUGGUCAGGAGCAGCCAGCAGGCAAAGAUACCACUGAAGAAGAGAGAGCUGAAGCUGGCAGAGAGCUACCAGAGCAGCCACCUUAACAACAGCAGCAGCAGUAUUAUAGUUUGUAACCCCUCAGUGAUCCAGAGCAAGGACAGUCACAGAAGAGAGGGGAAGUUACUGAACUCAGUAGCACCCCCUUGUGCUCCCUCGAUGUCACAACAGCAGCAGUUAGUGGUCAGUGCAGCCAAGCAAGAACUGACGAAUGGGAGAGCGUCGGUGCUCCUGCCUCACAAAGACGGACAGAAUGGAGUCAUAGGGGUCAUAGGUCAAGUCGGUGUAAUAGGUCAUAUAGGGGUUAUCCGCAGUCCGUCCGAGCGUCACAGAGCCCCGGGCGCCGAACAACAGGAACCAAACGGGCCGAGUGUCGACCACUGGAGCACCAGAGGUGUGGAGGAGGAGCGGGAGGUGAGCCGGCAGUCCGUGCUGGUGAGGAAAGGACCUGUUGAAGGUGACACGUCGGCCUCAGCUGCCGCCGCUCUCCCUCCUCGUGUGGCAAAGGAGGCUCAGACACCCGGGAAGCUACUAAUGACAUCUUCAAAGUCUGAUCAAGCUCCUAAAGCUGUAGAGAGAGAAGUGGAAGCUGUUUGCAUUUCUUCACUGACUCAGGCCACAGAGGAACCCAAGAGACAGCCGACAGAAGACCUGUGCAAAAAAGCAACAGAGGAACCAUCGGAGAAGAGGACAGAGAGUGGGCCCAGCAGUCGUCACCAGAAAGAGGAUGACGUGGAAGAGAGGGAGGGGAGGAGACGAGAAGUGUCUGGGACAGAGGAAGGAAGUAAGGAUAACAAUGACCAGAGUAAGAGCACCUUGGGGAAGAUGGAGGCAGAAUCAGGGGGCGCCGCUCCUCCUCUAAAAGUUGAACAGAGAGAUGAAAACGACCACCUGGACCACAAGGGAGAUGGGGUCAAUGAUGAGCUGGCUGCCCAGGUCAGGGUUAAGGACACUGGGCUGCGGUCAGAGGGGAAGCAGGGUCCCCUGGAGGAGGCAUCCUCCGAACUCCAGAAAGAAGGAAUCAGGCUGAAGAUUAAGAUUCCUCCUCACAGGAGAAACAAGUUAAGGAAAGGUGGAAAAGAGGGGGAGAAGGAGAGGGAGCAGGAGGCCCAAGAGGACGGGAGGCAGCUGAGGAGAUCAACCAGGAUUUGCAGAUCAUCUGCUUUGCCAACCUGCAGGCCGAGCUCGAAGGUGGCAGAGAGCCAGAGGAAGAAACCACAAAAAAAACAGGAACUGCCCUCCAGAACAAAGGAAGGAGAGGAGGAGGAGGAGGAGGAUGAUGAAGAAGAGGAUGAAGAGGAGCAGGGCUCAGCUCCAAAGAAAGACAUACAAGCAGAAGUGGCCGGGCAAAUUAGAAAACAAAGGGGCAAACGAAGGCACCGACGCCCCCGAUGGUCCAACAUGCGCUCGAAGAGACGUAAGCUGAAUGAGGGGAGGGAGGCGGAGGACGGAGGGAGGAAACCAGAAGACGAGGAGAGCGAGGGAGGGAGCGACUCAGAAGAAUCGUGUAAAUCAGAGGAGAUUCCCAUUGAGGAUGCCUGUAGUCACUGUGGCCUGCCCAACCACCCUGAACUGAUCUUGCUGUGUGACUCUUGUGACAGUGGAUACCACACGGCCUGUCUGCGUCCACCGCUCAUGUUGAUUCCAGAUGGACAGUGGUUCUGUCCGCCCUGUCAACAUAAACUGUUGUGUGAGAAACUGGAGGAGCAUCUGCUGAAUCUGGACAGUGCCCUGAAGAAAAAAGACAGAGCAGAGAGGAGGAGGGAGCGUCUGGUCUAUGUGGGAAUCAGUGUGGAGAACAUCAUUCCUGAGGGGAACGAGGAGCCGGAAGAGAAGUCCACAAAGAAGAAAGAUCCCAAAAAGAGCAAAAAUCUGGGCCGAAGAUCGACCAGGACCAGGAAGAACAUCAGCUACAGGUUUGACGACUUUGACGAUGCGAUCGAUGAGGCCAUAGAGGAAGACAUCACUGACCUCUGUGCUGUAGGAACCGAGCGCAGCAAAAACAUCACGCCCAUCCUGCCAGGGGACAGGAAGGAGAGCCAGCGGCCAAUCAGGAGCCAAGCUCACGCUGUCAGGAGCAGGAAGAAGAGGAGGCUGAACGAUCUGGAGAGCGACAGCACAGCAGCCGAGAGUGAAGAUGAGUUCCAGCUCAGCAACAGCUCCGACGAUGAAGAUUUCGGUGCAACGGGGGCGGAUGAGGAUGAGGAGGAGGAGGCCGGCAGCGAGGUGGGCAGCUGGGACAGUGCGACCCGCCCCAAGCGGCCGCUGAGAGCGGCGCCCAAACAACGACCCAGCAAGACCCAACGCAGGGGGAGGAAACGACAGAGGCGGCGGCGGAGACACUCCUCCGAGGAAGAGGAGGAGGAAACUGAAGAGGAAAUGGACUCUGAUCAGUACAGUGACAUGUCUGACAGUGAAGCUGAUAAAAAGAGGCGGGGCCUGAGGCGCGGCCAGCGGCAGCAGGUCAACUACCGCGAGACGUCCGAGUCGUCGGACAACUCCAAGGCCUCGGCCGGCGAGAAGGUGGCAGCCGGCGGGCGGCCGCGCAGGGAGCGACUCUCCAGCGACUUCAGUGACGUGUCACGUUCUUCCAGAGACUCCGUGGACGAGGAGGAUUAUGAAGACGAAGAUGACCAGAGACGAAGAGUGAGCCGGAGUAGAAAGGAGGAGAAAGACCAGCUGAGGAGCAGGAUGAAGGAAAAGCGGAGGAGACACCAAGAAGACGACAGAGAGAGAGGGAGUCGGCUGAAAAGGAAACUGCUGGAGAAGGAGGAGGACAAGCGGAGGAGAUUAAAGAGGACACACAGAGAAGAGGAGGACAUGGAGAAGAUGGGCAGAGGGAAGAGGAGAGAGAUUCUGUCCCAGCAGCGGCGCCGGCGACUCGCUCAGAUGCUGAAGAAACGACGGCCUUCGACAGACGAUGACGAUGAGGAGGAGUCUGACUCGUCCGACUCUUCAUCGGAGGAGGAUCGUCCCGUCCGCAAAAGACUCAACCGCAUCGACUCGGAUGAUGAUGAUGAGGAAAAAGAAGAGGAAGAGGAAGAGGAGGGAAGACAGAAGGUGACGACCAAGAAGUCUUCAUCAGUAGAGAGGAGGUCGGACAGCGAGGCUCAGGAAAAGGGGAGGGGCCACAGCUUGUCUCCGUCAAACAGACACCGGAUCUCCAGAGACCCAGUGAAGCCCGGGGGGGGAAGUCACACAGAACCCAGGGACAGUGAAGCUUCAGCCAGGCAGGGCAAGCUCAACGGCCCCUCCCAUCCAGACCAGGAGGAAGAGGAGGAGGAGGAGGAGGAAGAGGAGGAGCAAGAGCAGGAGGAGGAGGAGGAGCAGCAAGAAGAGGAGGAGGAGGAGGAGGGGGAGGAGGGGGGCAAGACAGACUCAUUAAACUCUGUCCAGAACAGUCCGCAGUCAUGAUGGCUGUUUGUGUGAAUAACGCUCGCUUAUUUCUUUCAGUUUCUUUUUUUACUGUCAGGCCUUUCACCCACAGCCCUUCUCUGAAACACCACCUCCCUCCACCUCCCUCCCCUCUGCUCCUCCCCUCUGCUCCUCCUCUUUGCUCCCCCGUCUCCUCCUCACUGUUGUGGUCGAGCGCUGUCCACCAUCACGUGCUCUACCUCGCAACAGACACUCAUGAGUCCACUCUCCUGCUCAUCCUCACGUCCGGAGCGUCGCAGCC